GAUAACGACGGGUGAACAAAGAACAAAAAAAUCAGCAAGUGAAUUUUACGAUUCACCGGUAAGGAGGAUUCUAUUAUUCUCUUUUAAUCACACCACCUGAUGUCACUCACGAACAGAUAUUUCUAAUAUCUUGGAAUUCGAAGAUGGGAUAACGAGCAACAGAGAGAACAACUUCUUUCUUAAAGUUGAGAGAUCAUAUGAACGGAAUUGAUGAGGAUGACCCAGAUUUCAUCAUUACAUCUUCUACUGACGACCAAAAUUGUGACAGCAUGCGAAGGAAAAAAUUGAUUCCGUCCAUCCAGCAGUCCAUCAAAACACGAGUACAUAAAGUCGGAACUUUGAGAGGGUUGCCACGACUAUUUCUAUUACGACGAGCAUUUUGCUUCUACUGGUGUGUGAUAAUAUCGCUGUUUAUUUACCUCAAGUGGUAUUAUCCACUAUAUCUGACAAGUAAUGUCAACAGAAACACUUUAGAAGACUUUGGCAGGGACUGGUGUCGAAUGCGCAAUGCACGAGUAGAUUGGGGACGGCUACAGGAACCUUGCAUAGAAAACACGGUCUACGAAAAUAAUUUACCUGGAUGGAAUGUAGAAAACCGGACUAAUGGGAGAAUGAGUUUUGUUUCAUCCACUGAUAUUCAACCUGCUGGACAGUUUAGCAGGAUUAUCAUUCAGUCCCAGACUGUUGAGGACCUUCCAAAAUCGGUCGGGGGGGACUAUUGGCGAGUUUUUAUCUCGGGUCCCACUGGGUUUGCGCCCACGGUAACUGACCUUGGUAACGGAGAAUACGAGAUUCUGUUCUUGAUCCUACAUCCAGGGAAUUAUUGCUUGUCGGCGGUGUUGGAUCAUUCCCUAUGUGACGGGAUGAAAGACCCUCCGGAUUAUUGGUUUGUUUCAGGGAACAGUCACGGAAGCAACCAGCCACAAGGAAUUCUAAACGGAAAGCAAGUUUACUUAAUGCAACCGCUUUCGGGAGGCGAGGAAUUCUGUUUUGACGUGCCUGUGAGCAGCGGGCCAAUGAGAAGAGAUGAAUUUUUGAGUUACGGGCUUGGAUACCCGUCAUAUUGUGGAACAAAUUGUAAAUUUCUAUCGGAUGGCUUCGGUUACUGGAGCAACAGGACUUGGGUACCACACGCUCCUGAGAGAUUAUUCAAGAAUUCUCCGCGUAAGAGGAAGGGAACUCUGUGGAUCUAUGGUGAUUCAUUAGCCUUGCGAUUUUACGAUUCUAUUUACUACACAUCUCUCUGCACGGAAAUAUUCAAGGCCUGUAAUGUGACGUACACUUGGGUGUACAACAUGAUUGAACCAGUGGAAGUUGAAAAGUACAAAAGGACUUAUCGAGAUUUUGAUCCUUCCCGCGUGUUACAAGAAAUUAGAAACGUCAUUUAUCUCCCUGAAAUGGACGAAAACAGUGUGAUAAUUCUCAACUGUGGACUGCAUUACGUAUCCGCUUUAAAAUUUGGAAUUUAUCGGAAGCUUAUUGAUGCAAUUAUUGACAUGUUUAAAGAGACUUGGGAGAAUGAACAUGGCGUGAUCGAACUAAAGUUCAAAGGGAAACUGAUUUGGAAAACGACGACAGCCAUUCACAGAGAGAGAUUUUUGUAUCAUGACCAUCCAAGCCCGCGGUUCUUAACUCUUCAGCGCAUACAGUUGUACAAUGCAUACGCUGUUUGGGCCAUGUGUAAUGCGGGAAUUGAGAUUUUGGAUGUUUUUCCGAUGAGUUAUUCGUUUCCGGAAGGAACCGACGGAAGUAGCGACAGAUACGAUGCUGUACAUUAUAAAAACAUUGUCUUCAAACCAGCUGAACAGCUUUUGUAUGAAUAUUUCAAUCCUUACAUGGACAAACCAAGGAAGAUUGGAUUGUAUUAUUCUUUAUUUGGAAAUAAAACCGCCAACUUGUAAAUAAAAAUCGUUUGUUUUUGUUAUAGAAGAAGCGACGCCAGGGGGAGAGGGGAGUGGAGUGUAGUCGAAGCAUCUAAGAUGAUCUUCUAUGUGGAACAGUUUACUACAGUUUACUAUUACAGAUGCUACAUGCAUGUGAAAACAAUCAUCUCCAACUGCUUUUAGCAGAUGUAUAGUUCACGAAAAAAAAGAGUGCAGAAACCCACAGAUUGCACGCAAUCCAGUGUGUAUUUGCCUCGAACCACCCACAAAUUCAAAUCUUGAAGCCGGAUUUUAAUUAAGUGAGAUUGGUAGUUUAAUAAAAUUUUUGUAGAUAUUGUCUUAUACAAUUAAUUUCAUAAUAUGAAGAACAUGCAGGACAACCAAAUAAAACAAAUUUACUUCCCAGUUCUUAAAUCAAAACUCACAGAUUAGAAGUCUACAUUAAUGUUAGUAGAUUUUCAAGAUAGAAAUACCAUGCAACACGUUGAUAAGGCUGUCGCUUCUCUUUAAGAUCCACACUCUCAUGUACAUUACAAUAAAUUAUCUCGCUUUUGCCCCCGAGAAUCAAAGGUAGACUGGUGAGCAUGCACAUUCAUCUUGUGAAGUUCCAGCAAGGGACUUAUCACUCGUCGUGUAACAAAAGUAAAGAAGAUCUAGACGAAAAAUUAAGUCCCUUUGUAUCUAUAUCUGAGUGUAGUCGACACCCAUCUUGAUUCACAAACUACAUCUGACAUGUAGAUUCAACGAUCUAUAAUAACGCAUAGAAAAUAAAUGCGAUAUUUGAGGAAAACA